AUGUUUCGCCGGUUGCGCAAAAACCAGGACCACGAUACUGCAUCAGUCAAGACGCGGGACGAGGAUAGAGCACUUGCCACAAACCUUCGAGAACUAGGCUUGGCUGGCUCCCGCGCCUCUAGAUCAGGCAGCCGAAGACCACAAACUGGUACAGACUCCAGACCAUUUACAGAAUCACAUUCCAUAAAGUCGAAAUCCCUUCGUGGGCAGGACUCUGUCUCUUCCGCUGGCUCAGUCAGAUCGGGACUAAGCAACAAUUCGCGUCGAGUCGGUAGUAUCGACAACAACGUCAUGUCUUCCAACAACGAUCGAACCCGCUCAAGGCGAGAGCGUACCUUUGUCGGCAGCGAAUGUGCAGUAUGUGAAGAGCCUCUCGAGCACACCUUGCGAGGCGAGCGCAUCCUGCAAUUCUCUUGUACACAUGUCUCCCAUGAGGCUUGUUUUUACGAGUUCAUUCGCGAGUUCGAGUCACAAUAUUGCCCAACAUGCGACGCACCCCUGCAUUUGGACACUAGCAGAGGAGGAAACGUGAUUGAUAUUGGUAGGCCACCAAUCUUUGCACAGUCGGACAGCAAACUAACAACAAGCCAAGAAAAAAUCAGCAACAUGGUGCGGUCAGUCGGCACGGACUCGAGGUCUGCUAUGACACCGACACCGACACCGGCAGCAACACCAUGGGAGAACCAAACAGGUCGUGCGCCCAGUGUUGAGAGCAACCAGAGGCGCCCUAUGCAGCAACAACAGCAGCAACAGCAUGCUGGCGGCCGUGAUAGUGUGGCUCGAGGCAGCAUGAGAGACAGUCGCGAUGCACCAUCGUCGGAUCGAUAUGGACCUUCACGACAUGCUCGCAGUGAUAGUGAGGCUACCGGAGUGGCAUCAUCCGGAGGAUACCCUGAGACAACACAAAGCGGACCUGCCAGACGCCAUGACUAUGAUGUCCAAGCGAUGGAGACCACACCGACCAGCCCACGAGCAGUCACACGUAACCCGAUACCAGCACCGAUUGUUACUGUCCGCUCAGAGUUCCCGACUCUCAGCAGGUCACGUCAACAACAAACACUUACCUGUUUGGUUACUGUUGAGGUGCCUGACAACAAGUGGAGGCCCGACCCUGAAGACUUGGGGCCCCAAGCUCCUCAGCCUCCUGCCGGUAACCGUGCCGAGGAGGCCUACGGCCGUCCACCCUCGCCCGCCCGCAGUGCGCCUCGCUUCUAUCCUUAUGAGUCUACGGACGCUUUGGAGGAGAUGACAGAUAGCCUCCGCAACCGUGUUGACAACUGGCAUGGUUUGGACUUCAGCAGAUUCGGAAAAUUGAGACUUUAUGGCACCCUUAGAGUGGGCAAGGACAAAGUUUCAUGGCAGGAAUUGGAGUGUUUCCUCUUUGCUGAGAUGCUCAUUUGCGUGAAGGAGAAGAAGAUUCCGCAAUCCCAACAAUGGGAUGAGAACGGUGCCCCCCGCAAGGCGACUCGAUGCACUCUGAAGGGCUCGAUUCUUAUUAAGAAGCACCUCAACGAGGUAUCAGAAACGGGAAAUAUCGACGAGAACAUUCUUACACUCAGCCUCUCGGUUGCUGAACUGCCUCAGUUCCAUCUCCGCUUCGAGAACCGUAACCAGCUGAAGCUGUGGCAACAAGCUCUUCUUGACCUCAACGCUGUAGAGACUUCCCCUGUCCGCAGCCCUGAGUAUGACCGCGGCGAGUCGGAAACUGACGAAGAACUCGAUUGGCAGCGAUCUCGCCCGCAAAGAGUUUCCUCGGUAGCUUCAUCGUGGAACGGCGCGAGAUCUACCACCACAGCCCCUACAGAUUACACCAACUUUCCUCGAAGCCCGGCCAUGGCCAAGUCUAUCCAUGUUCCCAUUGACGUCGUUGUCGUUGUACCCAUCUCUUCCUCCAUGCAGGGCGUUAAGAUCAACCUUGUUCGGGAUGCCCUCAAGUUUAUGGUCAACACACUUGGCGAACGCGAUCGCAUGGGCUUGGUCACGUUCGGCUCAGGUGGCGGCGGCGUGCCAAUUGUUGGCAUGACUACAAAGGCCUGGCCUGGCUGGAGCAAUAUUUUGACUUCCAUUAAGCCUGUUGGUCAAAAGAGCCACCGCGCUGAUGUCGUUGAGGGUGCCAACGUUGCAAUGGACCUCCUCAUGCAAAGGAAGUACAACAACCCUAUCGCCUCUAUUAUGUUGAUCAGCGACGCGUCUACUUCGGAUGCUGACAGUGUCGACUUUGUUGUUUCACGAGCGGAAGCCGCUAAGAUCACCAUUCACUCGUUUGGCUUGGGAAUGACUCACAAGCCUGAUACCAUGAUCGAGCUGUCGACAAGAACCAAGGCUUCCUACACAUAUGUCAAGGACUGGAUGAUGCUUCGGGAGUGCCUUGCUGGAUGCCUGGGAAGUAUGCAGACUUUGUCUCACCAGAACGUCAAGCUCAAGCUUAGACUUCCUGAAGGAUCGCCCGCCAAAUUCCACAAGAUCAGCGGCGCUCUGCAAAUAACCAAGCGAGCGACAGGUAGAGAUGCAGAGGCGUCUCUUGGCGACCUCCGAUUUGGUGACAAGCGGGAUGUUCUUGUUCAGCUGGUCAUUCUUCCUGAUAACACUUCUCAAGAACAACUCCCUCAGGAUCCCUGGGAUAACAUUGUGUCAGGUCUUGAGGCUCUUGGCGGCCCUAUGGACAACGACAAUGAAAGGGCCCUUUCUGUGGAAGAGGUCCCAUUGAUUCAAGCGGAUCUGAGCUGGGGAGACAUCUUGCGUGAGGGUACCGUUACGCAUAUGCCUCGACCAUCUCUUCUCGCCAUCACUAUGCUCCCAAUGAGCGGAAGCUCCAAGAAGCCAUGGCAAAACUCUCCUCCUAUCCCUCCCCACCCCAGUAUCGUGCAGAGACGUAUGGAGCUCCUUACUUCCGAUAUGCUUACCCGUGCCCUCACUCUGGUAGGCCGCGGCCAGCAUGAUCGGGCGCACACCCUCUUGAACGAAACCAGAUCGAUCCUGAAGGGUCUGGGUAAGGGCGGACUUCCCCCGAUCCCUCCAUCUGGCAAGGUCAACCCGUCAGCCCCCUCAACUCCUCAUCCUGGCAAUGAGGCUUCGCCAGGACUAUCAACCACUCCUGAUGGCAAGCGGAGUCCUUCGCCCCCCGCUUCGGCGAUCUCUGGCACCAACGGCUUCUCUUCGCAGCUUGGCCGCAGCCGUUCUACCGACGGUCUCGGCCUCGGUGCCGGAAUUGAUGCCAACACUGUGGCCGCUCUAGACGCCGAACUGGAGAGCAGCCUUGAAUGGAUCAACCAUCCUGCUGUGUUCAGCCGCGACAGCCGCAAAGCUGUUUUGCAAGCCAUUGGCGUCAUCAGCUCCCAGCGCGCCUUCACCUAUCGCACUCCUAUUGAGGGGCUAUGGGCGUGCCGUGUUAGUGGCGUAAAGAAGCUUACAGAGAAGAGCAGAGAAUGGCGUGAAGAUGGUGGCGGCGAGGGCGGCAUCACUGAAGAGUCUUAA